UUUUUUUAUGUUUGAAUGAACAGCGGUUACCGAUUUUGCUGCUAUUUGCAUUUGAUUGUCUUUGAUUGUUAGUAGUAGUAAUUUCUGUGUACUAGAAGUAGUAGUUCGUCGUCAGAAUUCAAAUUAGAAAUAGGUUUGAAAAUUGAAAAGGCGUCUUGUUCGGCUUGUGUAAUACUCAAAGCUUUGGUGAAGUUUUGAGGCAAAUGUUCGCUUAAUAUGCCAAGCAUUAGAGCUCCAGCUACAAGGAAGGCCACUACUCUUACGGUAGCGGUGAAAUGUAGGCCACUGACGGAUAGAGAAGGAGGUCGUGAUAUAGUUAGAGUAAACAAUGAUAAGGAGGUGGUUGUAUUGGAUCCUGACCUGUCAAAGGAUUACUUAGAUCGCAUACAGAACCGUAGCAAAGAACGAAGAUAUGCUUUUGAUUACGCAUUUGGACCUAAAUCCACAAAUUUGAGCGUCUAUGAGAGAAGUAUUCAGUCUACAAUUGCUGGGGUCAUUCAAGGCCUGAAUGCAACUGUCUUUGCUUAUGGUUCAACAGGCAGCGGAAAAACAUAUACAAUGGCUGGAACUAAAGAUGACCCAGGACUUAUGGUUCUGAGUCUUAACACGAUAUUCGAUCUUAUCAAGAAUGACAAAAGUUCUGACGUGUUUCAAGUUACUUGCUCCUACCUUGAAGUCUACAAUGAGGUAAUAUAUGACUUACUUGAGAAGUCAUCAGGUCACUUGGAGCUCAGAGAGGACCCAGAGCAAGGAAUUGUGGUUGCUGGCCUUAGAUGUAUCAAGGUUAAUUCAGCUGAUAAAAUCCUUGAGCUCUUAACUUUGGGGAACAGCAGGCGAAAAACAGAUAGCACAGAGGUCAAUGAAACUUCAUCACGCUCUCAUGCAGUGUUGGAGAUUACUGUGACUAGGAAACAGCGAGACAAAUACUCUAAUCAGGUUAUAAGAGGAAAGCUGGCACUUGUGGAUCUUGCUGGAAGUGAACGAGCUUCUGAAACAAAUAGUGGAGGUCAAAAGUUGAGAGAUGGCGCUAACAUUAAUCGAUCUCUUCUUGCUUUGGCAAACUGCAUAAAUGCUCUAGGGAAACAACAGAAGAAGGGUCUAGCUUAUGUUCCUUACCGCAAUAGUAAAUUGACACGGAUUCUGAAAGAUGGUCUGAGUGGUAAUUCUCAAACAAUAAUGAUCGCCACCAUAUCACCAGCUGUCAGUCAGUAUCACCAUACUGUGAAUACCUUAAAGUAUGCUGACAGAGCAAAGGAAAUUAAGACACACAUUCAGAAAAAUAUUGGCACAAUCAAUACUCAUGUUUCAGACUACCAACGGAUGAUCGAUAGCCUUCAAAAUGAGGUCAGCCAUUUGAGGAAGGAAUUAGCUGACAAAGAAACACAACUAAGUGCCAAGCCUACUGAAAAAGCCUCAGACGACGAGCUUUCUUGGUUGGACACGUUGAGCCAUGAAACCAGUGAAAAUGUCCAGGAGAGGAUAAAUUUACAGAAGGCUUUGUUUGAGAUAGAGGAGAUGAACAUUAGCAACCGUAAUGAACUCCAAAAUCUUGAUGAUGCAAUUGCGAAACAACAGGCCAUUGAAAAGGAUGGGGAAGUUGUCCGGGCUCUUAGAUCAAGGCGCCAAGUCAUUCUUGAUAAUAUUCGUGACAAUGAUGAGCUCAGUAGCAAUUAUCUGAAGGAAAUUGAAGCAAAUGAGAAGAGAAGGUGUGAACUCCAAGCUAUGAUUGAUGAUGCCAUUAGCAGCAAUGGAAACAAGACUUACUUGAGAGUUCUGAGUCAAUACAGGCUACUGGGAAUUGCUAAUACUGAACUUCAGUUUGAAAUAGCGAUGAGAGAUCAAAUAAUCCACAAUCAAAGGGAAGCACAAAAGAAUCUGUGGAAUUUGCUCCUAAGUUUAGGCCUUGAUGAAAAGCAGAUAACAGAUCUUGCCCUUAAACAAGGAAUAACUAUUGAAGACUGGGCAAUGACUGCCCAAAUUCAAUUAUCUGAUAGAAGACAGUCACCAAACACAGGAAAUGGAACAUAUACUACCUUAUCUUCUUCUCCCCCAAAUUUUCAACUUGGUGCCAGCUUGCCACUUGAUCAAUACUUCUGUCCUAGGCCAACUUCCCUGGGAAAUCAGAGACUACCACAUAUCCAUUGCAGGGACGAAGACCACAGUUCUAAUUAUUUGUAUGACUACUCUCCAACAGAAAAUACAGAGCUGAACGGAGAUGAAAGUUUGUUUAGAGAUGGGAUUUCUUCACUUAAUGGAGUUCCUGAUAGGCAUCAACUUGAAUUUUGCAGUUCAUAUCCGCCUACAUUAAACCAAUUUUCUUCAUGCAGUGAAAGUGGCAUGUCAAUGACACCUUCCCAUGUGAACUUCAGGAAGCAGCAGCAGCAGCAGCAACAGGAUAUCCCAUCAAGUUCUAUGAGGCAGCAAAUACACCCAAGCUACCAUGCUGAAAUCAGUAGCAAUGAUUACCUUCACCAUGGAAGGACGAUGGUUCGCAGGGUAUCAAGCGGAGGUCGGUUUCACAGUAGCUCCUUAGCCCAGAACUUUGCCUCGCUCAACUCUAAUCAUGUAUUCCCAAAACUUGGGCAAUUUAACCUGCAAGAUGUGCAGGUGCUUCCUUCAUAUGAUACAACCAAGCAAGUUUCAUUUAGUUCCAAUAGCCUCGAAGCUCAGCCACCAAGAUUUGUUUAAACCUUCUAUUCUUUCAUUUGAUUCCUUUUUCAGUUUGUCCCUCCAGUUGUACAUAUUAUAGAUAGUGUUAAAGAUUUUAUAGCCAUUUAGUGGUUCCAGUAGUUGGCAUAGAUAUUCAAUUCAUUCGACUCUUGUAAGGAAGUAAACAAUGUAGUUCCUGAUCCAGAAAAAGAGAAAAAGAAAAGAAGAAAAGUAAAGAAUGUAGUUCUGGUGGCUGCUGUGCGUGCAUACUGCAGUAGUGUAAAAUAUUUGGAAGUUGCUAGCAGUUGAGUGAAACAGUUCAAUGUCGCUGAGUCCCAAUUUUCUGCAAGGCUCUUGGAGAACCGUUGCUGGUUUUGAGUUCUGCUAUUGGUUUUAUAGCAUAAAAAGCUGAUAUGGAAGUGUUGGUUCCUCUGCAUCUUUGGUUGUUGAUACUUGAAAGGUUCUGCUUAGCAGAUGAUAGCCUGAAGAAAAGCUUUUAUUCACCAAAGUUUAAGGUGUCGUCUAAUAGUUAAAUCACUUGUUUUUUAUUUGUAAGUCCGUCAUUAAAAAUCUA